AUGGCAAUGCCUAUGUAUGCUAUGACCUGCUUUAAACUUCCGGUGAAGCUCUGUAAAGAUCUUACCAGUGCCAUGAUGACUUACUGGUGGAGUACAGAGGAGAAUAAGAGCAAGAUUCAUUGGGUAGGCUGGGAGAAAUUAACGCUGCCAAAGAAGGCUGGGGGCUUGGGAUUUCGCGAUAUCCAAGUUUUCAACCAAGCUUUGCUUGCCAAACAAGCCUGGAGAUUACUGCAUGACCCCCAAAGCCUGUUCAGCCGGUUCUUUAAAAGUCGAUACUAUGCUGAUGGUGAUCUGUUGUCUGCUUCUAGUGGUCGCGGAGCAUCAUACGGGUGGAGGAGCAUCAUCUACGGCCGAGAACUUUUGAGGAAAGGGCUGAGACGCUCGAUAGGUAAUGGGAAAGCUACUCUGGUAUGGGUGGACAAUUGGCUCUAUGACGGCAUCCCAAGUCGACCUGGAGGAAGGCAUUCCUUGAUGAACAUAGAGUUACGAGUCUCUGAUCUUAUUGAUGAGACGAGGCAGAACUGGAAUAUGACUAUACUCAGGGAGCUUUUUAAUCGGGAUGAUAUUGAGCUCAUCUGUAGGCAGAGGCCAUAUACUUCCAGAGAAGAUUCCUUUGUGUGGACAGGUACGAAGAAUGGGGUGUAUACAGUGAAGACGGGAUAUGAUCUCAUGAGUAAGAUCAAACACAAAGAUCUAUAUACUCAGGCCGAGGCACAACCAUCAAUGUAUCCCAUCUACGAGAAGUGUUGGAAGGUAAAAUCUACUCCAAAAAUCAAAGUCUUUAUGUGGAAAGCAUGCUCUGGAUCCUUGGCAGUGAUGGAGAGGCUGAGAACCAGAGGCAUUAGGGGAGAUUUGGGAUGUCUACUCUGUCAGCAUGAGUUGGAGUCGAUAAAUCAUAUCCUUUUCGAGUGUCCACAGGCAAGAUUGGUGUGGGCCUUAUCUAAUGUUCCAUCCCCGGAAAAUGGGUUUUGCAGUUCUUUAUUUGAAAACCUAAAUUUAUUCGGGGUAAUGGCGAGGAAGGAUGUACCGGAGGAUAUUCGCUCUGUUCCUCCAUGGGUCUUAUGGGUCCUAUGGAAAAAUAGGAAUGCAAUGGUAUUCGAGGGUAAGCGGUUUGAGCCACAUGAAGUCGUUGGAAAGGCUUUUGAUGAUGCAAGACAGUGGUCUAUGGCGCAAAACCGUGUUGAGAAUAUAAUACCGGCAACGGAACCGGUGGUGAUGCGAUGGUCACCGCCUGAAACAGGACAUUUUAAAUGCAAUAUUGAAUUCUCAUGGUCACAGUCCAAGGCUAUAUCUGGUGCUUCGUGGGUCCUACGUGACAGCUUAGGGACGGUCCUUUGCCAUAGUCGACGUUCCUAUACUAAUGUCUCCACUUGCUUUGAUGCUAAAAUCCGGAGCUGGGAAUGGGCUCUCCAAUGUAUGAAAGAUUUGCAUAGAGAAAACGUUACCUUUUCGUCAUCAUCGAUGGAGAUCAUCAAAGCUCUUAACCAACCAUCUCAAUGGCCGGCGUUUAUGGGGCAUAUUGCAGGUCUGAUUAUGUUGACAAGAGACCAAAUAGGUUGGGAUAUUAGUUUUGAAGACCGGAGAUGCAACAUGGGAGCCUUCGAAAUAGCGAGAUGUGUCACAUCGGAUGAUCGGUUAUCAUCGUAUGUCGAGACUGGAGUGCCGUCUUGGAUGCGGAACUUCUUUCAUAUGGAGAAAGCUAAUUUGAAUGGAGUUGGGUGA